GUCGAAACGGCUCGACCAAUCAAAUCGCUGGAUUUGGGUCUUGUCUCGGCAUGUUCUCGUAGCCCUGCUUCUCACCGGAUCCACGUGUACGCAGAGAUGUAAAACUACAUGGUGACAUAAUGUCAGAUUCACCCUGGAGAUACUCCACCAGUAAUGGAGUGGACCGAAAUAUCUUGUCAUCCACCAACGAAGAAACGAGCACUAUUUCUCAUCAAACUAAAAAACGAAGAAAAAAGAAUAAACUGAAAAAAUCCAGAACUGAAUCCCAUGAGUUCUCAUUUGAACAAAAACGAGGAAAGAAAAGAAAGUUAGAUGAGCAUUUGGAAAUCAAGACCGAAUGUGUUAAACAUAGAGAUGUUUCAGAUUCUGUAUCUGAACAAUCAAAUUAUGUGCAAUUCAAAAGGCCCAGGAUAACUCCUUAUACACUGACUGGUGAAGCUGAGUCUGCAUCACCUCUCUGUAGCAGCUGGGAGGUGGACAGUGGCUUUUCUUCUGAAUCCAGUCCUCCCAGUAGUGGCAGGAGUUCACCGUGUGUGGGAAUAGACCACUCUAAGCUUGUAGCAAUGGACUGUGAAAUGGUCGGCACUGGAACUGGGGGCAAGUGUAGUGAAGUGGCACGCUGUAGUAUAGUAAAUUAUUAUGGUAGUGUUUUGUAUGAUAGAUAUAUUUUACCUCGGAAUCCAGUCACAGACUACCGCACAAGAUGGAGUGGCAUUAGGAAACAUCAUUUACAACAGGCAGUGGCUUUUGAGGACGCUCAGAAUGAGAUCGUCAACAUCCUCACUGGGAAGAUUAUUGUGGGCCAUGCCUUAUUUAAUGAUUUCCAGGUUCUUGACAUCUCUGUCCCGCCACAGAUGAUUAGGGAUACCUGUUCCUGUAUAUUGCUGCGAGGGUUGUAUAACACCUCCACUAGAUGCAAUGUCUCUUUGAAGAAACUGUCUCAGGAACUUCUCAAUAGGACAAUACAGUCUGGAAGAAUGGGUCACUGCUCUGUAGAGGAUGCUUGUGCUGCCAUGGACCUGUACAAGCUGGUAGAGGACCAGUGGGAAAAAUACAUACAGUCCAAGGAUUUAAACACUGUCCAUACCUCAAACCCCAACAACAACCUCGAGCACUACAUGGAGGACCAGUACUGGCCAGAAAACAUAAUGGACUGCAGCCCCUAAGACCAAGAGUCAGGAUAAUGAUGCCACCCUCGAUGCUAGGAACUGUCUUUGUUGGUUAAUGUUAUUUAAACCUCCAACUUUUCUAAACAUGUUAACAUACAAUUAGGAAAUACAUGGAAAUGUUGUAGAACAUUACCUAGCACUUGAAAAGUUUAUUUAAAUAACUUAAACUUUGACUUAAAAGAUGAUUGUUUAUUAAGGGAAUUUGAAUAUUAAAGUUAAUAACAGGUUUCUAAAUUUACACAGACUGUAUUUUAAUUAAUGACUCCAUUGUGAGUCUUAAUUUGUAUGAUUAAUAUUAAUGUGUAAUGUUAAUGACAUUAUGCUGCUAGUUCGCAAUAUAUUCAUAUGUUUUCAAACUGACAGUGCUCUUCAUCCAAAAAGUAUUGUCAUGCGAAAACUUGAAAUAUGAAAUGUUUAAAUAAAGAUUAUGGGGGGAAAAAAUCUUGAACUCCAAAUCAUUUUAUAGCAUUUCUUUCAAGGUAGAUAGUGAAAUUUCUGCAAAAAAUAAGUCACUGUCAAACCAAGUAGGAAAUGUGUGUGUAGUAUUUGAGCACAAGUAAGUGAAAACUGUUUUGCCCUCAUGCAAAAUUCAAGAUAAUGUUGAAAUGAUUUGAUUCAACCAAAAAACUAUUCACUCAACAAUAGUAAAUGUGACAGCUCCUAAAAGGGAUAGUUAACAUAAAAAUAAAAAUAUACGAUUCUGUCAUUUACUCUCCCUCAUCUUGUUCCAAAUCUGUAUAAGUAUCUUGCGUUGAACACAAAAGAUAUUUGAAAAAAUUUUGCUAACCAAACAGAUCACAAUAUUGUUAUUUUUGCUUUAAAAAUGGUCUUUAUGAGCUAAAGCUUUUUAAAGCAAUAGAAAUUUCAUAAUUCUCUUUUUACCAGUGUCAAUAUCAAAUUUGGCACUCCAUGUUUCGAAUGCUUUAUUCGGUGGCCAAGAGAGCUCAACGCUCUUCAAAUUAAGAAAACAACUUCUUCAAUUUAACAAUUUGAAUAAAUAUUCUUGCACACGCAUCUUAACAUGUGUGCCUCUGACAGCGUGUGCAUAAAGCAAAAUGAGUUUUCUUUGACUGUAGAUUGUGUUUCAGUGGCUUAAAUUCACUUGUUUUUAAACAACAAAGCAUUUUGGUGACAAUGUAGCACAGCAGCAUCAAUAUAUAGAUGAUAGUUUAAAAUUUCUACUGGUUGACAAAUUUCUACCAGUGAUGGUGUCUGCUGGUUCAUCACCCACCCUACUGGAAGUCAAUGGCUGCCGUCAACUGUAUGGUUAACAACAAUCUUCAAAAAUAUAUUCUGUUUUGCGCAACAGAAGAAAGAAUAGCUGAAACUACAUCAUCACCUAAUUUAUCAGUAAAUAGGACUACAUUUUGGUCCAACCCAUGUAAUGCCUCUCUUGGCCCCGGUGGCCAAGUGUAACUGCUUUUACUCUUCUCUUUGCUCAAGAUGUACAUUUCAAAGCUUUGAAUCUAGUAUUUUGGUUUUUAACAGACUACAGUGUGAUGCAAGCUCUUAAUUUGGCAGCGCAUGACCAAGGUUGGAUUGAAACUGUAAUGUAAUAGGUUGUUUUAUAAAUUGUCAUGUAAAUGUUUAUUGAUCUAAAGAUUCUGGCUUGGCUGAAACAAUAUAGCUGCAUAAUAAUGAAUCUUCAAA